GGCAGGAGGAGAAAAAUAAUAAGAAUAGUAACUGCAGUGUCUACCAAGGGGGGGGGGGGAUUAUUGCAGUCGUAAAUGUCCGCAGCAGGAUCAAGCCGUGGCGAGGGAGCUUUGCAAAGCCCUGCAAGAAGAGAGCGAAAGCAGAAAAGCCGGAGGAGACCCAGGGAUCAGGAUCCAGAUGUUCGCCUGUCCAAAGCUCUCUCGUAUGCGUUGCGCCACGGGGCAGACGAGCUGGGCCUCCACAUGUCCUCCGAGGGCUUCGUCGACACGGUGGAGAUUCUUCGUUUGCCCCAAUUUAAGGCCUGGUCGGAGGAGGACGUGAAACGUGUCGUGGAGACAAACGAAAAACAGCGCUUCGCCCUGGGCCGACACCCAUCCAGUGGACACCUCCAGAUCCGUGCGAACCAGGGGCACUCCCUCCAG